GUGCACAGUAAGUCUCUUUAAAGUGAGCGGCGACUGUCUCUUAAGAACUUCCGAACAAUCAACCUUGUCAUUUUGCCUACUGAUCAGACGUUCUAGAGUAUCUCCCCAAAGUACAGCGAUCAUCAACAAUUUACAGUUAAUUCAAAACAGUCAAUCUGGAAAUAUAUUCCUGAUCGAAAGUUCCACUCUGUGAGCCUUGCCAACAAGUGCAGAUAUUGACGACGAUUUCAAGAAGUGAUCAAAACUGCAAUCAAAGCGGCCAAAGUGCUUUUGAACAGUUGAUCAAACGUUCCAUCGAGACUUGAUCGAUUUCAACAUUUCGUUGAUGGUUCCGAAAAAUUGAUUGCAUAUCGUGAUAGAAAUCUGACAGCGACCGUCUGAUUUCAAAGAAUCCUCAACUAGUGAUUUUCCAAGUUGCUGUGAACGUCAUCGAAUCUGGUAAUCCUGUGAAACUUACAGUUGAUCAACUGUUCGACAAGAAAAAAAAAGAAUACUUGAUCAGGAAGGAAGCAUCGAUAGCUCUCAGUGGCUUUAACAUCUCUGACGUCAUCACUGUGACGUAACUGGGCCUUAAAUACCAGUCUYUUGCUGUGGAAGAGCAUAUUGAAGUUAAGACGCGAAACAGACGCAAGUGAAAACCARCUUGGCAACUUACGAGAAACAUCAUGAACAAUCAGAGUUCUUCUAACCUUAGUGUACGUAGCGGACARUGUGAUGCGUACCUGACUGAUGGUAAUAAAAUUGGCCUGACCUUAGUGUACGUGUUCGCUCUCAUAGCCGCCAUUACYGGCAAUUCUUUCGUUAUCCAUAUCGUCCGUACACAGAAGAAAAUGAAAGUAUCAUUCAACUAUUUGGUCGUUAAYAUGGCCGUUGCGGACAUCRUCAACGCUAUUUCGUCAAUGCCRUUGAGCAUUAGUUAUAUACAUACAUACGGCAAGUGGUUCCCAGGACUCGCCGGGRAUUUUUUCUGCAAGCUAUUAAAUUUCCUGGUAGUCGCACCUAUUUUGGUUUCCUUGGCAACGCUUACAGUCAUCACGGUGGAGCGUUACCUAGCAACCACUCGAGUGCUUAAAAGACCCUUAUCGAUAAAGGCCGUGAAGCGUUUGAUUGCUGGGAUAUGGAUCGUGACGUCAAUAUCAGCGAUACACGAGUUUUUUAAGCUAGAGGURGCACAAGGCCCUCAAGGGUUUUAUUAUUGCGKGUUGUCUGAUGUCUGGGCACAACGCAUGGUUGUCGAGUAUGUUAUUAAGUUUGUAGUGACCUAUGCUUUCCCGUUGAUGACWAUGGUUAUUCUCUACUCCUUGAUAAUAUGCUUGUUAUGGAAAAAACAGACGAUUGGUGAGGACAUCGAUGAGUACAAUCGUCGCUUCCUUAAACAGAAGAAAAGCGUUAUCAUCAAAUUAAUUAUCAUUGUUUUGGUCUUUGCAUUUUGUUGGCUUCCUGUACACGUCAAUCAUCUGAUGGCAGCUUUUAAUUWCAAACUGUUUAAUUGUGUYCCAUUAUGGGUUAUUUUAUCACUGUACUGGCUCGCGCAUGCUAACAGUGCCAUCAAYCCUUUCUUAUACUUGAUGCUGACCAAGGAUUCGCGGGCUCUCUUCAAAGCUCAUAUAUCGGGAAUCAUCAGAGGAGACGGGAGUUCUGGUAAAGGAAGCAAGAAUAAGGACAAAAACCAUAAAGGCGAUAGUAUCAUGUUUUGGAAGAGAGGAUUUUCGAAAAAGACAACUAGGACAGUCAUUAAAAACAAUACCACCAUCCAAUGGAGUGGCUUUAACAUCUCACGUGAUCUCCAGAUCUUUAUGACAGCUCUCUACGUCAUCACUUUYGUCAUCGCRUUGCUUGGUAACAACUUAGUAAUMCAUGCAGUCGUUCARUAUCAACAUAUGCACACGGCAACCAAUGUUUUAAUUGCAAAUAUGGCMGUAGCRGAUUUGAUUACKACWGUGUUUGCGAUGCCGUACUCUGUYGUGUACUURUUUGUCCAAGGUCGCUGGUUUGGCGGUGUCUUYGGUUCWCUUUCGUGCAARACRGUUCAUUUUGUCAUCGCAGUUACCAUAGCAGCGUCUGUAAUCGCUCUGUUCCUAGUCUCCUUGGAGCGAUUCUGCGCGGUGGUGUACCCCCUGAAAUUCUUCCCAGUCAUUCACAACAAGAAAUUAUUGACCAUCAUUGUCUGGGGGGUGUCUGCUGUUAUAAUGCUGGUAUAUCUGAUUGUCUAUCGAGUAAACCUGUACAACGACAGGAUGUAUUUGUGUCAGUUGGUCUGGGAACCUGAAUUCAAUGAAAAAGGCUCACCCAAGACUUUUUAUCUGCUUGUAUUUUUAUUGUUAUAUCUGAUACCUUUGUCAACCAUUGCAGUCAUGCAUACUAUCAUCAUGCGUCGACUAUGGCGUCGAGAAGUACCUGGUACCCAACUAGAAUUAAACCGCAGGGCUGCGUUGCGCAGUAGAAAGAGUGUCAUUAAAAUGCUUUCUGUUGUUCUGGUUGUGUUUUCGGUGUGCUGGUUGCCACUUCACGUUAUGCAUAUCUACAUCAAUUUUCACUAUGACAAGUUCAAGCUGCUUUCACCGUGGGUUGUAAUGUUGUUGUUCUGGGCUUCCCAUGCUAACAGCGCGAUCAAUCCGUACGUUUUUAUCACAAUGAAUCAGCGAUUCAACAAAAUCGUCCAGGGAUUGUUUGCCAAGUGCGGGGCAUGCGCUUUCCGCGCCAGUCUCUCGCGACGACUAUCACCUGGUAUGUUGAAAAGCAGAUUUCUGUUUAGCGAAUUUGAAGGGUAUACAUUGGCUGAAAGCUCGGCCAGGUCUGGUCCCGGAUCACCGGUUAUUCAUCUUAAAAACUUUACAAAUUUGACAAGCCUUGAUGUGCCAUCUUCUCCCACGCUUUGUCAUCGCAACGCAUCACGGGAAUCGAGACUGUGACUACGUCAAUGGAAAUUGUGAUCACGUGAACUAGUACAGUGGUCAUGUGAUUCAAGCAUGUGAUCGUGUAAAUCACUGAUUAAUCAGUUUAAGAGAGAUCAUCAAAAGCAUUUUUAAUUGCAAAACAAAAAUAAUAAUGAUAAUUUUAACUAAACUACUUUAUAACUCGCGUAAUAUUUCUCGGGGAUUUACAUUAUAAACGCUAAUUGUUGGGCUUGCUAUUUCUUUCCGUACAAAAAAACCCUAAAGCAAUUUUCACUUAAACUAAAUAAACAUUAGGAAUUGUAGCGUUAUUAGUUAGGUUAGCUUUUAAUAGGUUGUAUAAAAACUCAACCAGUUUUUUAGAGCUUGAAAGGAAAUAGAUACCAAAGAACUCC